AUGACUACGGGACCCUGGCCGCUCGCCUGGCCGUUUCUAAUUUGCAUGAAAAACACGAAAGCGUCUUUUUCAGGAGUAAACGGGAACCUGUAUGGCUGCGUUAACGAGCGCACCAAGCUUCAUCCACCCAUAGUAAGUGAAGACGCUAUCCAGAUCAUACGGGAGAACUCUGACCGAUUGAAUUUGGCGAUAGACUACCAACGUGAUUUUAACUACAAUUAUUGCGGUUUUACGACUUUGGAGCGCACCCACCUAUUCAAACUGCAUGGCAAGCUUCACGAACGUCAGCAGCAUAUGCUCAUGAGGGCUUCUGCAGGGAUACAUGGGCGUUACGUCGAUGCCGCCAUUGAGACAAUGUACAAUCUAAUGUCAGAGAAGUGGUUCACCCAUGCUUCACCGACCCCAUUUAAUAGUGGUACUACUAGACCGCUAAUGUCCAGCUGUUUCCUGAUCACAAUGAAAGACGACAGUAUCGAAUGUAUUUAUGACACACUCGAAGAAUGUGCUAUCAUCUGCAAGAAUGCUGGAGGUAUCGGCGUGAAUAUACACAACUCUGCAGCGAAGGCCCUCUUCCUUUCAUUUGUGGUCUGA